AUGCCCACUCCAAUGCAACAUGAACUUGAAAGUCUAACCAUCAGUGACGGUGUGUCCUACUAUUACUUUGAUAGCGGCGAUGUCCCUGGAAAGACCUAUACAACCUUAGUCUUCGUGCCUGGCUUGGGUUUCAAUGGAGGUGUUUUCAGGAAGCUUUUCCCUCUAGCUGCUGCGCACCGUCUCCGUAUAGUCAGUCUAUACAGGCGUGAUUAUAGUCCCACUACCAGCUUCCUUGAUGCAGACUUGGCUGGUCUCGUGUCCCGUACAGUGGAGGGACAGGAAAGCUUCCUUCGCACCCAAGCGGUCGAUAUCGCUACUUUCCUUGUCAAUUUUGCCCGCAAGCAACAUAUUCCCCUGGCGGAGGGUACCAGCGGUGGAAUUGCCUUGGUGGGGUGGUCUUUGGGAUCAUUGCACGCGCAUGCUGUUGUGGCCCAUCUUGAUGCCUUGCCACCUAGUGUUCUGUCUGACCUUGAACAAUAUCUCCAUACUGUAGUUUGUCACGAUAUAAGUGGAGUUUUCAUUGGUAUACCGAAGCCCCCAGGCUUCAAUGUGGAACUUUGGUCCGAGACCGAUGUCGAGAAGAGAUUCAAGCUUUUCCAUGAAUGGGUGGCAGGACACUUCCCACACAAGAAUGUCACCUCAGGAAGCAUUAAUGACCUCGAGUUGUACCAAUCCCCAGACAAAACUCACUCCAUGAACGAGCUGUCUCCUCAAGAGUUCGCAGCGUUCACAUCUACCAAGACUUUCGGUACUUCCGACACACUCAUUGUCUCUAUUCAAGUAGACGUAUUCAAGGCCACGACACGACGUGCAAUCUUCGACACAACUUUGGCGGAGAAGUUCAUGCCCAACCUACGUGUCAGGUACAUGUGUGGUGGAGCGAGUCCUGGUGUUAUUGUCUGGGCAUUGCAUGAAUUUAGGAAGUGUUUGGCUGACCCCAAGCCAAUUUAUGGGCCUGAUGCCGAAAAGGCACGAGAUGUAAAGUUCAAAUUCCAGACUGAGGGGAACCACUUCAUUUUUUGGGAUGAACCAGAGGUUGCCGUAGAACAAUACAUAGCUACCAUCAACCUUUAG